AGGCAGUCGAGAAACUUUCAUCGACAAAAUGUAUCAUCAACUGAUUUUGCUGGCAUUAAUUGGCACCAUUAUGGCAAAUGUUAUACCUUUCUCUUUGAGUAAUAUUUCGGAAGAGUAUAAAGAAUUUAUACCGGAAGAAGUGAGAAAUUUCUACAAAGGUCUGACGGCUGAAGAUAAGGAGAUUCUACGUGACUUAGCAAGCAAGCAUGCAACGUUUGCAAAUGAAGAUGCCGCACUGGAAGCGCUCAAAGACAAAUCCGACAAACUCUAUAAAAAUGCGGUGGAACUACGAAAUUUUGUGAAAGCAAAAAUUGACAGCUUAAAACCAGACGCUAAAGCAUUUGUCGAUGAGGUAAUCGCCAGGGCACGAUCACUGCGAUCAGACGAUGGGCAAAAGUUUGACACGGAUAAAAUUAAGCAGGCAGCUCGAGAUAUUAUUGCUAAAUACCAAGCGCUUAAUGAAGAAACUAAGGAAGAACUGAAAGUAACAUUCCCUCCGAUCGCCAAAAUCAUCAGCAACGAAAAACUCAAAAGGGUCGCAAGUACAUUUCUACAAAAGAACUAGAGAAGUUUGGUCGCCGGUAAACACCAAUAAUGUAUCCGCUACCUUCUGUUGUAUUUUACACCUAUUUGAAAAAACAAUUUUAAGAUAAAAACAGAGGUAUUGUUAGAAAUUAAUUAAAUUGUUGGAUUCAUUUAUGAAACUUUCAAACUUUUAUUCUGACCAAUAUUUUCCACAUAAACUAUUUGUCGACA